AUGGCUGAAUACGCCUCUCCAAUUCCUGCAGCAUUUGCUUCCGGCUCCAGCAAUUCUCGUCGGCCACGUUCUCGUAUCAACACGCGACCUGCUACGAACCGUGUUCAACCAGUGUCUCAUGCGGCAUCGAUCCAGAACAUGUCACAAUCCGGUCGCAAUAUGACAGGAGACAGCUCCGACGACGAGGAUCUGGCUCCGAUCAAACUGAGUGCCGAGGCGCAAGCCAUAUUAGGGGAGGAUAAUUCGAAUUCAGGAACAGGCAAGGAGAAUUGCGAACCACAGCGGCCUGUCCGAAGCACAACUAGCUCAAAGAGAAGGAGUGGAGGCACCCCUCUUGAGAUCCUCCAUGCUUCCAACUCAUCCGGACAAGAGGAUGGCAGUCCUGCUCCGCGUGUUGUUCGAGUCACACCCGGUAGCCGUCCCGGUGGCCCACCCGCAGUCCUGGGAAGAGAUGGAUCGUUCAUGUAUAGAAUCCACGAGAAAUCAUCAAUACAGCCUCAUCAGGACCUUCACGAUUCACAAACACCAGCUCCAAGAAUAAGACGUAUCCGCAUAAGCGAUGCCCGACGUCUGUCGCGAUCCCCUCCCUCCGGUAAAGCACCUAAACCUGUCCAACGUGAGUCGGCUACGGACGCUCCUCGGUCUUCGAGUCGUUCUGUCAGCCCACAGGAUCAUGAACCACAAACCAGCCCUGAGGAGGAAGGUGCUGCGGUACCAUCAACGACCAAGCGUUCACGAGGAGCAGAGGAGAAUGCCGCUCAGAGUACCAUGCGUGUUCGACGUCUGGGGGGAGCCUUACUGAACAAACCAGUGAGAAGAGGAAUGGUACGUCGUCAUGGCGAAGAAGAUGAUGCGGAUGUCGAUGUGGAACUCCAAGAACCGGGCCAAUCGAGAACUCCAGAGAUGGAAAUCGGUCGAAGAGCAAAAGAACCGGAUCUCGAGGAUGUGCCAGAGGAUCUACUGGCUCUCCAAGAUAGCCCGACGCAGAUCAAGCCAGCACGCCCAUCUCCUAGAAAGUCAUCUCCCCAACCGAUUGAAAUACAACCCCCCCCAAAUUCACCACCUCGACCGAGGCCGGAAUCAGUUCAGCAAGCUCUACCCACUCCAGCUACGCGCGAAUCUCAACCUUCCUCCAAGUCUUCGAGCUCUCAAAGGAAGCCGAUCUUCAAAAUCCCUCCUCUACCAUCGCUUCCACCAACGCAAGACCAAGAGAAUGAACCACCACCGACUUUUCGAAGAACAAAACCUACAGCGACAAUUUUGGAAAUUCACGAAGACGAGCCACAAUUAGGCCAAAGGCCGAUAGAACCGGCAUCAAUGCACGUCUCUCCAUCUCGCCAGCGACUGGCUCCCAAAUCCGGUAACACUCCCCACAGACCAGCUCCUGUUCCACCGCCGAAAAUGUCUAUUCUGGAUACCGCCACUUCCAACGCAGGCUCUCGGAAUAAGAAAUCGGUUCAUUAUGUCUUGAACGGGAAAACGUAUAGACGACUAGAUUGCAUUGGACGAGGGGGAUCGUCCCGAGUGUUCAGAAUCAUGGCCGAAAAUUACAAAAUAUUUGCCCUGAAAAGAGUCAAUCUUGAAGACGCCGACGUGGCAGCAAUCGCAGGGUACAAGGGCGAAAUCGAUCUAUUGAAGAAACUUGAAAACGUGGACCGCGUGAUUCGGCUUUAUGACUAUGAAAUCAAUGAAGAGAAAGGGGUUUUGAAUGUCAUGAUGGAACUGGGAGAAUCGGAUUUCAACAAAAUGCUCAAUGAGCAGUUGAAAGCGGACAAUGCAAAGUUGGACAUCACUUUCACCAGGCACUAUUGGAAGGAAAUGCUCGAAUGCGUCCAGGCCGUGCAUGAACAUGACAUUGUACAUUCCGACCUCAAGCCUGCCAAUUUCCUCCUGGUCAAGGGACAACUCAAAUUGAUUGACUUUGGAAUCGCCAAUGCCAUCCAAGACGACACGGUCAACGUCCAUCGAGAGAAUCAAAUCGGUACACCAAACUAUAUGAGUCCCGAAUCUCUGAUCUGCCAUACCCCCGCCGCGGGCUCAGCACCGGGCACGAAACUGCUCAAACUGGGCAAACCCAGCGACGUGUGGAGUCUGGGUUGCAUCCUGUAUCAAAUGACAUAUGGUCAGCCCCCAUUCGCACACAUCACCAAACAGUUCGAGCGCAUAAUGAGCAUUCCGAACCCGAAAAUCGAGAUCCAAUUCCCCACCACUGGCAUUGGUGGUUCAGUGGUUCCUUUUGGCCUGAUCAAAACCCUCAAACGAUGUUUAACGCGAGAGCAAUCUCUUAGACCCACGAUCGAAGAACUCCUCAGUGACGCAGACCCGUUUUUGAAUCCUGUGGCUAUCAGUCCCGAUAUGUUGGGACGAGUCAUUGGAAAUGUCGUCGGGUAUUGUCGGCGGAGGGAAGAAGCGAUGCGCGCGCGUGGUGAGAUCACGGCUGAUGAGGGUGUCAGCUGUUUGCCUAAGGAUGAGGAAAUGGUGGGGUGGCCCUUGGCGUUUUAUGAGAAGUUGAGACAGGCGCAGGAGGAGGGGACGGCUUGGUAA